GUCACACCGGCGGCGUCUUCUCCAUCCGAUGUGAAGCGCCCAGACCUGCUUCACUGCACAUUUAUGUCUCAGUUUAGCACCUUCAUCAGGAGCCGUCUGUUGUUAGAAUGCGUCCGGGAGCGCGCCCUCCUCCUCCUCCACCACCUCCUCUGGACGCUGUGCGGUCCUCUCUCUGUCUGUGUCUCAUAGUUUUCCUCCACGGUGUUGUAUCUGCUGCUGUGUUUGAAGGCGGUGUUUACAAUGGAGAAAAUAAGCGGGGUUCGCUGAGGAGCAUCCUUGAGCACGUACAGAGUUAUGAGAUUACUUCUCCCACAUGGCUGCAUCCUCGCAGACACCGGAGGUCUGCCAAUAAAGAGCAUCCUGCAGAGGCACUGGUUCUGAUCUCAGCUGAGGGCCAGGAGCUCAGACUACACCUGGAGAAAAAUGAGCAGCUGUUGGCUCCUGGAUAUCAAGAAAUAUGGUACACUCCAGAUGGAGGCCGCAAGUCGUCCUCUCCUGCCAGCACCGGACACUGUUUCUACCACGGGGAGGUUCUGGGCAUGGAGGGCUCAAGUGUUGCUGUUAGCACAUGCUCAGGACUCAGGGGACUGAUUUCUCUGAACACAAGCGUCAGCUACCUGAUAGAGCCUCUCCCUGCCUCCACCGAUGCACAGCAGCACGCUGUGUUCAGAGCCGAGAGCCUCCAUCUACCCAGAGGUAGCUGCCUGCAUCACCACGGCAACAGGGAGCAUGAGGAGGGGCUUAAUGGCUUCAUCCAUGGAAUGAUGUCACCACGGAGUGUGAGGAGGGAAAAAAGGGACCUGAGUCAGAAUAUGAAGUAUGUGGAGCUGCUGAUGGUGGCAGACAAGGCGGAGUUUGAGAAGCAUGGGAGUAGUCUCGAGAAGACCAAACUGAAAUUACUGGAAGCAGCCAACCUGGUUGACAAGUACUACAAGGCUCUGCGCAUCCGUGUGGCAUUAAUCGGUCUGGAGGUGUGGACCAGCCAGGACAUGAUCAGCGUCUCAGACAACCCUCACGCCACUCUGGCGGCCUUCCUGUCCUGGAGACGCAAACAGCUCAGCGUGCUCCCCAACGACAACGCUCAGCUCAUCACGGGGAGGGCGUUCCAGGGCACCACCAUCGGGCUGGCACCUCUUAAAGCCAUGUGCUCUGACUACCAGUCUGGUGGAGUGAACACGGACCACUCAGAGUCAGCUGUGGGUGUCGCUGCCACCAUGGCGCAUGAGAUGGGUCACAACUUCGGCAUGAGCCACGACAGUGCAGGGUGCUGCCAGGCGAGGGCCGAAGACGGAGGCUGCAUCAUGGCUGCCGCUACCGGGCAUCCAUUUCCACGUGUGUUUAAUGAUUGUAACCAGAAGGAGCUGAAGAACUACCUGAGCUCUGGAGGCGGGAAGUGUCUGUUCAACAUGCCAAACACCAGAGCCAUGUACGGAGGGCAGCGCUGCGGCAAUGGUUACCUGGAGGAUGGAGAAGAAUGUGACUGUGGAGAGGAGGAGGAGUGCACCAGUCCUUGCUGUAAUGCCAACAACUGCACUCUGAAAGCUGGUGCUGAGUGUGCGCAUGGCGUCUGCUGCCAUAACUGCAAGCUGAAGAGCCCGGGUGUGCUGUGUCGUGCGCCCUCAGGGUCAUGUGACCUGCCGGAGUACUGCGAUGGGAAGGCAGAGUCUUGUCCCGCUAACUUGUACUUAGUGGACGGUACAUCUUGUGCCGGCGGCCAGGCCUACUGCUACACUGGCAUGUGUCUGACCCUGGAGCAGCAGUGUCGGUCUCUGUGGGGACGAGAUGGCCGUCCGGCCCCUGACCUGUGCUUUAAGAAGGUAAACGAAGCUGGAGACAUGUACGGCAACUGUGGCAAAGAUCUGUUUGGGAAGUACAGGAGCUGCAAGGACAGGGAUGCUCAAUGUGGGAAAAUCCAGUGUUUAACUUCAGCGUCCAAGCCCAUUGAGAACAAUGCUGUUCGCAUAGAAACCACUGUCAGCGUUGGCAACAGGAAGAUCCAGUGUAUGGGAACGCACGUGUACAAGGCUGGGCAGGGGAACGAGGAGGCGCAGGGCGACACUCUGGACCCAGGCCUGGUCAUGACGGGGACCAAGUGUGGCACUGACUCGAUUUGCUUUAAUGGAGAAUGCCGCAAUGCAUCUUUCCUCAGAGCUGAUGAGUGCAAUGCCAAGUGCCAUGGACACGGGCUGUGCAACAACAAUCACAACUGCCACUGCGACUCCGGCUGGGCUCCACCUCUGUGUGACCAGAGGGGGUCAGGGGGCAGCGUGGACAGCGGACCUGUCGUCAGCCACAGCAAUCUCCUUCCAGUCCUGCUGGUCCUCCCCCUGGUUUUCUUUGUGGUUUUUGCUGCUGUUGGACUGUGGUGCUGCUACAGACAUAAACUCCAUCCACUGAAAUCCUCUGCUCCACCUCCAGUGCCUAACUGUUCAGUCCCGACCGAGGGCAAGCCACUGUAUGCCGACAGUCAUGUGAACGGUCACACCAACCCAGCAUUUUUGUUAAAAAAACAGGACUCAGACCACCUGGGGAAAUCCUCUCCUCAUCCAAGCCCGUCUUGCCCAGCUCGGUCCAGACAUGCUAUUGUGCGUCCAGCGGUGAAGCCUCCUCCUGUACCCGCGUAUGCUGCAGAGCAGAAAGAGCAGACGGCUCAGCUCCAACCUGUAGUUUCUCCUCAGAGACAACACUCUCCUCAGGCUUACACUCCGACUCUCCUUAAAUCUGAGCAGAGACGAAACCAGGCUCCUCCAUCACCCUCAGGACCUCCAUCUUUACCUUCGCUAGGCACCAAAACCCACUCUCAGCCUUCAGCACUGCCUAAACACCGACCAGGCCCCCCAAGCAGACCUCCACCGCCUUGUCCCGUCAACAAACUAUCAGUGGAACAGCAACAAAUGAAAGGCCUGCAGGUUACCACUAAUGCCCUGCAAAGAGGAAAAGCUGCUUUGGCUCCACCUGCUGGACAGAAAAAGCCAAACAGAACCUAAGAGCUCAGGGGGAUGUUGGGGACCACCACCUACAUCCAAUAAUGGACUGUCUCACACUUCCUCUUUUUGAAAAUUGGACAGCUGACAAAGAAGAAACGUGGCACUGUGGGAUAUGAAGAAUACUUGACACUGUCGAUUACAACGUAUUUACACUGAUGUGUGCUGAGGGAGAAAAGGUUGAACAACAGCAAGUCAUAACACAUAUCACAAUGAGUUUUUAAGAUUUAACCUGUGUUUUGUUAAUUGGCCCUAUGUGUCUGCUGUAAAAACUUGAAACAGCCAGAGCUGCUUUUGGUUAUUAUUGUCCCAAAAGUUCAUGGCAAUGUGAAAUUGUUUUGUGAGUGCGGCAGUGUUGAAACACUGCUCCAGGAAUAUUUAUUCACAAAGAAAAGAUGAAUGUUUACAAUGUAGCCUAUGUACUAAACAUGGUGACUUUUAAAGAGCAUCAGCUUGUAAAGGGAUAUCUUAUAUUAAGAAAAGAUGCCAGUGUUGAAGUGCUUAUGCUUCUUAUGUGUGACUACGGAAGGGAUUUUAACUGGACUGAUGGGGACCAGUGAAAGCCCUUCAUGCAUGCUGUAAGUACAUGUUUAUGAUGAGAGAUACAUGACUGAUAUGUUGCAGGAAAUGAUAGGGAUUUUUCAGUUGUAUAAUUAGUUUUCUUAAAUGAUUUUAUAUUUUCAUGGUGUUGCACUUUGAGCACUAGUAUCAAAUACUCAUCGCUUGGAUGCAUUAAAGGUGGCUGUUAAAACAUCCUUCCACAGGGUGCCAACGAGUAAAAGUCACCUUUCAAGCCUACAGGAGAUGAGAAUUUGAUCCUGAUUCGAAUCCACGCUAACUUUUUUUUUAUUCAUCGUCCUUUCACUGACAAUCAGUGAUGGAAUUGUCUUUGUCCAGGGAAACAUUUCAAAUAAUUUCUAAUUAGGAACAAAAUGAUUCAGAUGUGUCAGUUAAACAUCUCAAAAUCGCGCCAUGAAUUUUGCACUUUUGUCCAAAGAUGUUAUUUAAACUGCUCGUUGGGAGUUCCUUCAUGACCAAAAUGCUAUAAGGCUCAUCUUCCUUCUUAGAAGACUAUGCUAUGUGACUGCAGGUUAUGUAACAGUGAUAACUUGGCGAUACUGUAAGGUACUGUUAAAAAUCCUGGUCCAUUUGACUGCAUGGGGGACGACCUGGUUUUAUCUGUAAUAUAGAAAUACAGUCUGUCAGCUGCCAUGUUUUAUCAGACCUAUGCAAACACUGACAC